UACGGCAGUUCAUUUCAAGCCAAAACCUUCCAGGACCAUGUAAAGAACUGUUUGGCCAUUAAGGUUUUUACCUAAACACUUUGCUUCCUGAAUUAGAUUUCUCUAGAACGAACAGUUACUCUGGCUGUGAUUGUGAGGACUCCUGAAUUAGGAAAGCCAACAUGAAAGGUGAAGAAACUCGGCAGCGGAGGAAGGAAGGCCGGUCUAGAAAUGGAGAGCGGUCCAGGCACAAAGCAAAGGCCAAGAGUAAACACAAAGAAAGCAAACUUGGCACCCAGGGAACAGAGGAUGGCCCUUUGCUCCUGCCUCCCAAACAGCCAGCUGAGGCAAAAGUGGCCAUGGCAAAGCUUCAGGAGGAGUCUGCCCUUGUCAUUGGCCUGCAGGUCCUCCUGCCUUACUUGCUGGCUGGCAUAGGCAUGGUCCUUGCGGGGAUGGUCCUGGAUCACGUUCAGCACUGGGAGGUGUUUAAGAAAAUCACGGAAGUAUUUAUUCUGGUUCCUGCCCUUCUUGGCUUGAAGGGUAACCUUGAAAUGACCUUGGCAUCUAGACUUUCUACUGCCGCUAACACUGGACAGAUGGAUGAUCCCCAUGAACAGUGGAAAAUGGCCACCUGUAAUUUGGCCUUGAUUCAGACACAAGCCACAGUUGUAGGACUCCUGGCAGCAGUAGUGGCAGUCCUCUUCAAGGCCGUAGCCAAAGGGUAUGUGGAGCUGAACCAGGCAGCCAUGCUGUGUGCCAGCAGUGUGAUGACGGCAUUCAUUGCUGCCCUCUCGCUCGGUCUGGUGAUGAUCGGUGUAAUUGUUGGUGCAAGGAAGGUCGGGAUUAACCCAGACAACGUUGCCACCCCCAUCGCAGCAAGCCUUGGAGACCUGAUCACCCUUUCCUUGCUCGCUGGAAUCAGCAGCACUCUCUUCAAAUACAUCGAUGUGAGUUACCUUUCACCCUUGAUCUGCGCUGUCUUCAUUGUAAUGAUUCCUCUGUGGGUCGCUAUCGCCAAGCAGAGUCCUCCCAUUGCUGAAGUCUUGAAGUCAGGAUGGCAGCCAGUCAUUGUUGCAAUGACCAUCAGCAGCAUUGGGGGGCUCAUCUUGAACAAAACGGUGGCCAAGCCAAACUUCGAAGGCAUGGCUGUUUUCACUCCAGUAAUCAAUGGUGUUGGUGGCAAUUUGGUCGCUAUCCAGGCCAGCCGCAUUUCUACAUUUCUUCACUUCUGGAGCAUGCCUGGUGUCUUGCCGUACAAGAUGAGACAGCACUGGCCCAAUCCAUGUACCACCUUCUUCACUUCAGGGGUCAAUUCCAAGUCAGCUCGUGUGCUAAUCCUGUUGGUGAUCCCAGGGCACCUGGUGUUCCUGUACACCAUUCAUGUCCUACAGGGAGGCCACAUCUCUCUUACCUUGAGUUUCGUGUCGUUUUACCUAGUAGCUGCUCUCCUGCAGGUGGGAAUCCUGCUCUACAUGGCUGACCUGAUCGUGCGGCUGAUGUGGCGAAAGGGACUAGAUCCUGAUAACUUCUCCAUCCCCUACCUCACUGCCCUGGGAGACCUCCUAGGCACUGGAUUGCUAGCACUUUGCUUCCUCUUGGUUUGGGUGAUCAGUGCGCCACAGAUGCCCCUGGGAAACUAAAGAGGACUUCUAUGAUAUUGCCCUGCCCACCACUGUGACAAGUGAGACUUUCACUAUGGUGCUUUUAACAUGGUCCAACAGGGUAUUGAGGAUAUUGGAUAUCCAUCCCCUUUGACCUCAGCAUUGCAUAGCUGUGUUGUAUGAAAAAUACCAAUGAAGUGAUACCAAUGAAGUAGCAUCUAUGUGGACUGUGACCAUGUCUAAUAAUGAAAAGUUUGUGAAGCUCUGCUUAAGCCGGCACCAUCUGGUUAAGCAGCAUUACUGUAGGGGCGUGGUCAGAUAGGCCUUGGUCUGAAAUAGACAUUAAUGGGAGGCCAUCCACUGCUCUCAGUGUGUCUUAGGUAAUAUCCUAGAUGAGGAUGUUACAAAUUGGGCAGAUCCUUGGAGGACCAGUAAAUGGCUUGCUUGAAUCUAUUUUCAUCCCCGUAUAAGGUGUCCACUAGCUGUAGUACAUCAGGUGGUAUUUGCAGAUCAAACAUUUCUGACUCAGUUCAUCUUUAAAGUCAGUGGAUCCUGCUAACAUGAGACUUGCCAUGUUCACUUUGUAAACAGAAAUGUGCAGCUGUUUCUGCUACUUUCUGUACAUGGCAUGUUUCCAUUCUCCAGUGAGCAAUACAAAAGACAGACUGUAUCCUCCUUCAUACUUCUUCAGGAGAACCCCUAGAAUUCAUGCUGCACCUCUCUGGUGUUUCCUUGUAGAUGGCCAAAAAACGCCUCACUGCCUUCUGUUACCACAUGUGCUCCUUUUCAUGUGUAUUCUUAGACAUGUGUGUGGACUCUCUAACUUGGGUUCAGGACACUCGCCCAGAAUCACAACCAAUUUGGAGGAAUUAAGCUCAGUGUCAGGGGAAACUUCUUCCCAUUUCCACAGCCUGACUAGUUUGGAAAACUGACAGACUUGCCAGUUGGGGGAGCUAAACAUGUGAUUUAGGGAUUGUCACCUGGAUAGUGUGCAUACAAGCUCCAAGGUGCCUCUGAUAGACUACCAGUAACCAUGAAAUAAUCAGAUCUUUUCCAAUCCAAGGUUUAGAGUUUAUUGAGGUGAAUAUAGGGGUACAGGAAUUGAAAAGCUUAAGAACAUAGAAAGUGUUGUGUUCAGAAGGAUAUACAUAUGAAGAGUUACAUGAGAGGAAACAGAACAAAGUUUGGGUCCAGUGGCACAUUUAAGACCAACAAAGUUUUAUUCAAGAUUAGGGUUGCCAGAUGCCCCCAGUCCAACCAGGGGAACCCCCGAUAUUCAGGGCUCCAAUCCACAGCUGGCCAGUGAGGGAUGCCCACCCCAUAAGAGGCCUGUUGCACGAUGAUGUCACACAGAAGUGACGUGAUCAUGCCAGGGACAUCACCCGUCAACACCAGUGUUC